CGAUUUCGGAUUGCAAGUGAAGGCUCUUCAGUGCAAACGGUAUUUCCCAAUAGAAGCUCGUACAAGUUAUUGUCUCGCUAGCCUCGAGUGCCUAAAAGCCUGAAAUGUCAUCGACUACUGCCAUAAAUGUAGAUGGCAUCCAAUUCAAUCGCGACGACCUUUUGGGUAGAGGUGGCUUCGGUUCAGUGCAUCGAGGUAAAUAUAAAGGUCAAAGUGUAGCAAUCAAAAGAAUUGUGAAGCUAAAUGACAAAGAUCAAGUGGCUGACGACGAGUUAAAAAUUCUGCAGCAGUUAGAUCAUCCCAAUAUUGUUAAAUUUGUGCACUUUGCAAGGGAUGACAACUUCAAUUACAUUGCUUUGGAAUUGUGCGACGCAUCAUUAGAUCAGGUGUUCCUAAAAGAGGACGAUCGUCGGAAAUACAAAGGACCUGCAUUACCAAAUAAUUUCGAAAUUUUCUACCAGUUAGCCACUGGUCUCAAAUACAUUCAUUCACAGAACCUAAUCCAUCGGGACAUUAAACCGGAAAACAUUCUCAUUUCUGUGAAACAUACUGACCAAGGUGAAGGGAUGACGAUGAAGUGGGCUGAUUUUGGAUUGUCAAAAGCAGUGAAUGACAGAGGAACAUUCACAAUUAGUGGAAUCAAAGGGACUUUUCUUUGGUUUUCUCCCGAAAUUAUGCAAAUUAUAGAAAACGGCCUGCGCAUUGAAGAAACGAGAGGCUCCAUCAAAAGCGAUGUAUUCGCAGAAGGCCUCGUCUUUGGUUAUAUUCUCUUAAAAGGAAAACACAUCUACGGAGCAAAUGAUUUAGAAAUUAUGAACAAUAUCAUAAAAAACAAAACAAUCAAUAUAAGUGAAAUUCACGAAAAACAUUUUGCACGUAACUUAAUAAAACAAAUGCUGAUCAACACACCUGAUACAAGAAUUGCAUCUGACGAAGUUGUUAAUCAGCUUGCAGCCAUAAAAAUCAAGGUUAUCGAAGAAGAAAAACACCUGCAUCUGCUGUGUAAACAUCACACAACAGACUUUAGGAAUAAAAUCGAAAUUUUAAUCCAACUUGGUGUCGACUUAAACGCAAAGGAUGAAAAUGGAUGGAAUGCGCUUCAUCAUUUGUGUUCUAACAAUUCAAGCCCACACUUAAUCGAUGCGAUUCAAUUCUUAAUCGAACUCGGCAUCGACAAAAACGCAAAGGAUGACAUUGGAUGGAAUGCGCUUCACCUUUUGUGUCGAAACAAUUCAAGCCCACACUUAAUCGAUGCGAUUAAACUCUUGAUUGAACUCAGCAUCGACAAGGACGCAAAGGACAAAGAUGGAUGGAAUGCGCUUCAUCUUUUGUGUCGAUAUAAUUCAAGCCCACACUUAAUCGAUGCGAUUAAACUCUUGAUUGAACUCAGCAUCGACAAAAACGCAGUAACUAAGGUUGGAUCGAAUGCGCUUCAUCUUUUGUGUCGACACAAUUCAAGCCAACACUUAAUCGAUGCGAUUAAACUCUUGAUUGAACUCAGCAUCGACAAAAACGCAGUAACUAAGGUUGGAUCGAAUGCGCUUCAUCUUUUGUGUCGACACAAUUCAAGCCAACACUUAAUCGAUGCGAUUAAACUCUUGAUCGAACUCGGCAUCGACAAGGACGCAAAGAGCAAUGAUGGAUUGAACGCGCUUCAUCUUCUGUGUUGUAACAGUUCAAGCCCACACUUGAUCGAUGCGAUUAAACUCUUGAUCGAACUCGGCAUCGACAAAAACGCAAAGGAUGACAUUGGAUGGAAUGCGCUUCACCUUUUGUGUCGAAACAAUUCAAGCCCACACUUAAUCGAUGCGAUUAAACUCUUGAUUGAACUCAGCAUCGACAAGGACGCAAAGAGCAAUGAUGGAUUGAACGCGCUUCAUCUUCUGUGUUGUAACAGUUCAAGCCCACACUUGAUCGAUGCGAUUAAACUCUUGAUUGAACUCAGCAUCGACAAAAACGCAGUAACUAAGGUUGGAUCGAAUGCGCUUCAUCUUUUGUGUCGACACAAUUCAAGCCAACACUUAAUCGAUGCGAUUAAACUCUUGAUUGAACUCAGCAUCGACAAAAACGCAGUAACUAAGGUUGGAUCGAAUGCGCUUCAUCUUUUGUGUCGACACAAUUCAAGCCAACACUUAAUCGAUGCGAUUAAACUCUUGAUCGAACUCGGCAUCGACAAAAACGCAAAGGAUAACAAAGGAUGGAAUGCGCUUCACCUUUUGUGUCGAUACAAUUCAAGCCCACACUUAAUCGAUGCGAUUAAACUCUUGAUUGAACUCAGCAUCGACAAGGACGCAAAGAGCAAUGAUGGAUUGAACGCGCUUCAUCUUCUGUGUUGUAACAGUUCAAGCCCACACUUGAUCGAUGCGAUUAAACUCUUGAUCGAACUCGGCAUCGACAAAAACGCAAAGGAUGACAUUGGAUGGAAUGCGCUUCACCUUUUGUGUCGAAACAAUUCAAGCCCACACUUAAUCGAUGCGAUUAAACUCUUGAUUGAACUCAGCAUCGACAAGGACGCAAAGAGCAAUGAUGGAUUGAACGCGCUUCAUCUUCUGUGUUGUAACAGUUCAAGCCCACACUUGAUCGAUGCGAUUAAACUCUUGAUUGAACUCAGCAUCGACAAAAACGCAGUAACUAAGGUUGGAUCGAAUGCGCUUCAUCUUUUGUGUCGACACAAUUCAAGCCAACACUUAAUCGAUGCGAUUAAACUCUUGAUUGAACUCAGCAUCGACAAAAACGCAGUAACUAAGGUUGGAUGGAAUGCGCUUCAUCUUUUGUGUUAUAACAAUUCAAGCCCACACUUAAUCGAUGCGAUUCAAUUCUUAAUCGAACUCGGCAUCGACAAAAACGCAAAGGAUAACAAAGGAUGGAAUGCGCUUCACCUUUUGUGUCGAAACAAUUCAAGCCCACACUUAAUCGAUGCGAUUAAACUCUUGAUUGAACUAAGCAUCGACAAGGACGCAAAGAGCAAUGAUGGAUUGAACGCGCUUCAUCUUCUGUGUUGUAACAGUUCAAGCCCACACUUGAUCGAUGCGAUUAAACUCUUGAUCGAACUCGGCUUCGACAAAAACGCAAAGGACAACGAUGGAAUGAAUGCGCUUCAUUAUUUGUGUCAAUACAAUUCAAGCCCACACUUAAUCGAUGCGAUUAAACUCUUGAUCGAACUCGGCAUCGACAAGGACACAAAGGAUAACAGUGGAUGGAAUGCGCUUCAUUAUUUGUGUCAAUACAAUUCAAGCCCACACUUAAUCGACGCGAUUAAAGUUUUGAUUGAACUCGGCAUCGACAAAAACGCAAAGACCUACUUUACUAGAUGGAAUGCACUCGACUUGUGUCGGCGUAAUAAAAAUCUUGAAAAUUGUAACGUAGACGAAAUCUUUAAAACCGUAUGAAGUGAAUUUUCAAAAAUGUUAAGGCUUUUCGGAAGACGAAAAUACUAACAUAACUUCAAAUAAAAUUCCCCGGUACGUUGCAACAAAUGUGAUUAUCGGAAAAAUACAGCCAACUACAUAAAUUGUACAAU